CUGCAAUGCACCCCUUCUUCUGGGUGAGUCGAAAUGAUUACCUUCGCUACGUAUUACAAGUACUGCUUCUCAACACCGUACAGUCAUUGGACUUGUUCCUCUGGCUAACGUUUUAAUCCACUGGAUUGGGAUUGGACAAGUCCCUCAGGUCAGUGAGCGCAAACCAGACCAACGCGUGUCGAGCUGAGACAAUGAUGGGACAAUCACUCGGGCUCGGUGAACGGAAAAUGGUAUUAUUGUGUGCAUGAGGUCACGACUUGAGGCAUGCUUACGUCCGCGGCUUGGUCCCAUGCACUGACUACCUUGGCUACCUUGCGGCCUACUCUUUGGGAAGGACUUAACACCCGUACACCAGUGGGCACCUUCGGCACCAUGUCCAGCUUGGUUGUCAGCACCGGACAUCGGCAAUCAAACGGUGACUUCUUGUCCACAGCAAGUCGACCACAAGUGCCCACUGAGAAAACUGCCAAGCUUGUUAACGUGCUAGAUAGUUCCUGUUGCAUGUCCAAAGGCGUCCUUACGACACCGCGUAAGGAGCAUGUUGGGAAACACCUAUUGUGAAGGACGCAUUUCUCUCUGCGACCUGUUGAACAAUGAACCGUACGGCCCUUCUUCGGGGCGCGGGCGCCCACCGAUUCGGUGUUGUAAUACACUGAUAACUCUGACUUUGGCAGUCUUCCUUGCCUACAUAGCCGCUUCCCGUGCUCCCCGGAUCACAGGAUCAAGUUCGUAUCGAGUUACGGCGGUUCGUUUCAGAAUUACAUCAUUAAAUUGAUGGCACUCUGGAACGAAGCACUUGAAGUGAGUGUGCGUAUUACUCGUCCCUAUGUGUUUGACAUGGACUGGCAAUUUGAAGAAAUAAAUGAAUACGACCGUUGAGCGCUCUGUGGACUGGGACGAGUUCCAUCAGUUUCUGUAAGUGCUAGUCGGCGUGUUGGGCUCCAUCAUAAUUUAU